AUGCUGAUGGGACAGCAAUCUGGAUUUACAAAGUACCCAUGUUUCAAGUGCUUGUGGGACAGCAGAGAUCGUAAAAACCAUUACACCGACCACAAGUGGACUGAGAGAAAUUCUUUAGAAGCUGGACAUCAUAAUGUUAUUAACAGUCCAUUAGUAGACCCUAAAAAAGUUUUACUACCUCCUUUACAUAUUAAAUUGGGCAUUAUGAAACAAUUUGUAAAAGCUUUGAGCGAGAGCGAUGAAUCCGUGGCUGCGGCUAUAUACUCAGCUUCUGUCGAGCUUAAUGUGACUAAUUUUGGUCACAGAGAUGACCAAGUAACAGUUUCAUGA